UUUUUUUUUUUUUUGGUGUUGGUUGUUUGCAAUGCUCUACGCCACUUCGGCUACCAGUAUUUCUUCAGAAGUCAUUUAUAUUUGAUGCUCAGAACUCCGACUUGUACCAGGGACCCUUAAAAAGACUUUUACCUGGUCUCUGACAGUACCUGCGGCUUCUAAACAUCAUCUCCCGAUUUGGCCAAAAAGGGGAGAGUAUUUGUGCAAACUAUGGCCGUGUUAAAAUCUCAUUGUCUUCUGUUACCAAGGCCCCGAUUUCUUUGCACAAUGGCUAAUUUAGAAGAAGACAGUGGCACUGAGGCAGGAGCAAUAUGAAGCGGCAGCUGAGUUGGGUGUGUGCAGUCUCCCUUGCAGCCAUGUUUGUAAUACUGCUCUUCCAUUGGGAUGGCUUACAUCCAAGCAAGAUUCGUCUCUCCCUACUGAUUUACAAUAAAGAGGAAAAAGAUAAUCCACUAUACAAGUUAGAUGUAGGGUGGCCAAAAAAUGCAGACUAUUUCACUGGUGUCACCUUUGGCGUUGCUGUGGAUCCUACAAAUUCAUUGGUUUAUGUAGCACAGAGAGGGGAAAAUGUAUCCAAAGUGCUGGUAUUUACAGAAGAGGGAUAUUUUAAACAGCAGUGGAAUACAGACUCGAUCGAUAUGCCUCAUGGUAUAUUUGCAGUCAGCACAGAUAAAGAGCAUUCCAUUUGGAUAACAGAUGUUGGACAAGGGAACUUUGGGCACACAGUAAAAAAGUAUUCGCCAUCUGGAAAACUCCUUCAAGUCCUUGGCACCGCAGGAAAAUCUGGCUCUGCUUUGGAUCCACUUCAGUUUGAUCAGCCUGCAGAAAUAUUUGUGGAGAACUCUGGGGAUUUGUAUAUUGUGGAUGGAGACGGUGGGCUGAAUAACAGGAUUCUGAAGUUCACUAAAGACUUCUGGCUGCUUUGGACUUUGGGAGGCCGUGGCACAAAACCUGGUCAGUUCUUUAUCCCACACAGUGUCACUGUGGAUGAAGUGGGAAGAGUUUGGGUUGCAGACAGGGGAAAUAAAAGGAUGCAGGCAUUCGAUAAAACCUCUGGAGAGUGGAUCGGAACAUGGAGCAGCUGCUUCACAGAAGAUGGGCCUUAUUCUGUCCGGCUGACGGCAGACAAGCAGUACUUUGUUGUGGCACAGCUAAACAUAAACAGAGUUCUGUUCCUCAGUGUUCCUCCAAUAGGAAGCAUUGGAGACUGCCAUGUUGCAAGCGCCAUUCAGAUGGCAGAUGGAGUUAAGCCACACCUUGUUGAUGUCAAUAUCAACACUGGCUCCAUGUAUGUGGCAGAAAUAGGUGCUCAGCAGGUCCAGAAAUAUAUAAUGGUGAAAAAUUAAAGCAUUUGCUUCUAACCCAAGUUUGCAUGGCAAAGCCUGCUGGGUAAUUGUGUGCAAAAUGAUCAGUCUCAGUUAAGGAAAAACAUAAGUACAUAGACAUACUUAAUGAGGUUAAAAAAGGCAUCUGUCAAGUUUAACCUUUUGGCCAAGUGGCCUAAUAACAGAGGAAGGAGAAAACCCUCAUCUGAAGCUGCCGCCAUUUUGCCUCAGAACUGGGGGAAAAUUUCUUCCCGACUCGGACCAAUUAACUUUGCACUUUAAUUUCAGUAAACCUGGAUUGUCUCAUUUGCUUAAAAUCCUCCAACACUUUCUUGGAGCUAUCUAAUGUAUUUUGCACCUGUCGUUUCCUGUUGUACCAACAUAAGGAUGACGUGAUUCCAUGUAAACCAGAUCUGGUUUAUAUGCAUGAUAACUGCACACAAAAAUGAAAUGAAGGAGAUAAAAAGAGUUUACAGUUGCCAUGGCUGGAGUUACUGUACAUUUCAAAUAAUCUGAUGCAUUUCAUCUCCAGUUCUGUGGCAUCCAUGUUUAUUGUUCCUUACUUGCUUGAAAUUAUGUUAUUUAUCUGCGUAUAUGUUUGUCAGUAUACAUAUAUAUCAGUGGGGGAAACCUCAUUCAAGCCAAAACCACUUUGAUCAGCAUGAAGCCCCAUUAAAGGGGAACUAUAGGGUUUUAUUUAAACCACAGUAGUGAACAGAAAUUCAAGCUAUUAAUACCUCCUUAAAGUAUAUAUUAGGUCAUGUGAUGACUGUGACCAGAAGAAGUUUACACUUAUCAAGACGUCAUUUAUAAUAUUGGAUUUACAAAAAAUUAUUUUGGUAUAAUUUGUGUUGCUUCUUUAAUAAGGCUGAACUUAUUGGGACAGUGAUAUCACAUGAGCUUUGUAUUUAAGUGUAUUAUGAAUGGUUGAUGAAGAGAGUAUAAUCAGGGAUGUAUUUCUGUAUAGGCACAAGAGGGCCCCAUGCAUAGGGCUUCAGUCUUAGCAGGGGGCCCUUGGGUGCCUAUAUAAGGAAAAAAUGUUUUUAAAAAAAAUCCCCCCACCAGAUCGCUGCCAGACAUUUGCUUUUUAAUCUGGUGGUUGAGCUGAGAGAUAGUGGGAGGUGCCCCUAUCUUGAGAUUGGUACAUAUGCAUACUGUACUGCAUAUGUACUCAUCAGGGAGGGCUGGGGGCAGCUGAGUUGUAUUUAGGCUGCUAAUGUCAUAAAUGUGUAAUGGGAGUGCCCCCCACUUGUUUUGCUGGGGGGAGGGUCAGGCAGAGUGCCAGAAGUUACAUUUUCUGAAGCAGGAAGCAUCUCCUGGUACUUCUCUGCUCAGAUCUAUUGUUCUGUCAUUCUUAAACUCUCAGGAGGCACUUUCUUCUUCACUAAACAGGGGGCACUAAAGUUACACAUUUAUGAUAUUAAAGGAGAAGGAAAGGCUAAGGCACUUGGUGGUGCCAAAAUGUUUGGAGAAAACCGCACCAGCCCGGGGUA